AGAAGCAGUGAAUAGAGAAAGAAACCACAAUAGUUGUGAUCUACCAAAUCAAAAGGCUUAGUGUGUAUACUUAUGUAAUUAACUAAUAACAAUAAGCUAGCUAAUAUAUAAGAAGAAGAAGCACAAGUGGCACAUGGCAUGCACAGCAGUUGGGUGCCUCAUAAAGCUUCUCCCAACGGGGACAAUGUUCGUCUUCCAUUUCGUGAACCCCAUCCUAACAAACUCCGGUAAGUGCAGCAGCGCCGCCAACAGGGUCCUAUCCGCCACUCUUCUCGCGAUCUGCGCCUUCUUCUGCUUCUUCUCUUCCUUCACAGACAGUUACAUCGAUCCAACCAACAAAAACCGGAGGCGCUACGGAAUCGUGACCGCCAAGGGACUCUGGACUCUUCCACUUGAGAAGGCCGAGAUCAAAAGCGUUGACUUGUCACGUUACAGGCUGAGGUCUGUGGACUUUGUGCACGGGGCGUUGUCGAUGGUGGUGUUCGCGGUGCUGAGCCUGCUUGACAGAAACACACUGCAGUGCAUGUACCCUGGCUUUAAGUCGACGGGGAACAGCAUGGUGCAGGUGAUUCCGUUGGUGAUUGGAGUGGUGGCCGGUUCGGUUUUCAUGGUGUUCCCUAACACACGCCAUGGAAUCGGAUACCCCAAGCCUGAUGGUGAUGAUCAUGAUUCUAACAUCGUCCCCCCACAAACCCCACCCCCUAAAUGCGCUACUAGUAUUUAGUAUGCGGUGACAUCUAUGGUGGCAUGGGAUUAAGUGGUUAAACUCUUAAAGGUGGCUAAAGUUUGACCGAUUAAUAUUGUAAUGAUAUGUGGUAAAGAAAAUCUUUUUAUUGAGUGGAUCAAUGUUGCAUCCCCUGUUACGUGGGCUAGUAUGGAUGGAUCAAAACGUAAAAUGAAAAAUUUGGUUGGAUGUUUAAAAAAAAAACAAAUAAAUGAAUAUGAUAUUU